GCCUUACAGAGUAUUUCUUUUUCAGAUGGGGUCAGUGACCCCCAUUUGAAAGCUGGAAAGAGUCAGAAGAAGGUCACUAAUUAAAAAAACUAAAAAAAAUAAUAAUGAAGACCCCCUCCCCCAUUCCAAAGUUGGAAAGACUUAGAAAAAGAAGUCCAAUAAUUAAAAGAAAAAAAAACUAUAAAAAAAAAUACAAUUAAGACCAAUUGAAAAGUUCUACAGUUGAAUGACCCCCUUUAAAGGGUAAGUAAAGGCUAGUGAUGACAAUAUGACAGUGCCUGGGGGAGGGGUCUAUACUGUAACGACACUGGUUGGUGUGAGCAACGAAAAGUAAUAAAUAGGCAAGUUCCUCUCUGAGCAAGAGGUUCUGCAGCUGCCUGAGCCGCUUCUUCUGCAUCUUCUUCCGGGCUGUGGGGUUCAGCGAAGAGAAGUAGUUGAAGCGGCUCCGCUCCUUCUCAUAUAUGACUGACUGACCCUCAGCUGCAGCAGCCGGACACAGGAGAAAGGCGUGGCCUUCGAAAGAGUCCGCUAAUGAACGCCCACAUGACCGGAAGCAGCGUGGUAACCUGUACAUACAGCGACCGGAAGAGUUUACAGCAGCGGGCUAAAACUGGGCUAGUGAUGAACGUGAUGGGGGUGCUGCUUCUCAGUCUGGCUAUGAACACCUGGGCCUCCAGCAUCUUCCAGCUCGGGACCUUUCCUGAUUGGGUUCCGUCCCAUGAUCACAACGGGACAAACCUGAUAUCGGGAGCUCAGAACACGACUGCAGGAAGAUAAGAGCCGGAACUUGAUACCCAGGAGCAACUGUCGGCUGCUGAGUGGGGGGGGGGGGGUACAGAACCGGCACCAAAGCUGCAGAGUAAAGAACAGGCAACUAGUCGCAGAGUGGCCCCCAGGUAUCUCUAUUUGCUCAAUACAAACAGCUGCUGAAUCUAAUCAGCUUGAUCUGAACCUUCUACUGAAUUGUGUCCUAUAAAUAAUACAGAAUUAUUAUAUGAUCUUCUAUAGAAUAAUAAUGUGAUUCUUCAUGGGCUCGGCCCCCACAACUCACUAACCAGCCCUUUCCUUUAUAUGACUCCGACCUCUGCUGCUCCCCCAGCUCCCACCUCAAAAGGGGUCAGACGACCUCCGAUUUGUUACCCGCGGGAUUAUGUUGUUGAGGCGAUACGUGGCAGGACCACCCCCACCUUUCACUUUUGUCAUUAUUAGUAAUUAGGUAUGGGAUCUGUUAUCCGGAAACCCGUUAUCCCGAAGCUUCCAAAUUACAGAAUGGACAUUUCUCAGACUUCAUUAUAAACAAAUCCACAUUUUUCAAACUGAUUUCCUUUUUCUGUGUAAUAAUAAAACAGUCGCUUGUACUUGAUCCCAACUAAGAUAUAAUUAAUCCUUAUUGGAAGCAAA